GCUCCCGCCUCUCACCAGCCGCAUGACCAGCGCAUGCGGAGCCUGAGCCUCUCGAACCUCCUCCGCCACCACAAGCACGCUACCUUUUCUCACGACGAUCCGCAGCCCUCGCGACAGACCAACGACAUCGCCGUCGACGACUCGGAAGACACACACGAAUUGCCCGCUCGAAAGCUGCGUGGCCGUGCUCAAAGCACUGCCGGCACCAUCAAGGGGGUGAUUCGCCGAGCCUCCUUAUCACUCAAGGGCAUAGUCCACCGCCGGCCAUCCAUCACAGCCGAGCCGGCGGAUGCCCACAACCAGGCCGUUGCCCACGCCAGACCGACCAGCGCCCAUCACACUUGGAACCGCCUUCGCCAAGUCGCGCCCUUUCGCCGCUCGAGAUCCUUCUAUGGCUUCCAUGUUACUGAGGAUGGCCUCUACGAACAGCGCCAAGGCCCGAACCCGCAUAUGCCCAUUCCCGCCAUGGGAGACGAGCCUCCAUAUAUUCCCAUGAACACGGGAGGUGCCGCCAAGGCCUCCGUGGCACUCCAGAACGAGUACUUUCAGAGGCAGGCCAUGCACACCCAGUGGUUGCAAUCGUCUAGCGAGGAUAGCAACGACCGUGAGAGCGGCAUUGGCAUUGUCGUCACUGAGCCAUUUGCCGGGUCGAGUGUCAGCGACGACGGGUCAUUUCCCGCUCAUGAUGGCAACAUUAGCAGGAUCGAUUUCAUCAAGCAGUUACCCUCCGAGCUGGCCAUUCACGUUCUGGCCUACCUAGAUGCCGCCGCUCUAGCCAAGGCAAGCGUCGUCUCCAGGCACUGGCACGAUGUGGUUCGCAACCAGCACAUCUGGCGAGAGUCUUGCCUACGAGAAAUGACCACCACCUAUGCCACCAGCGAGCCCGUCAAGCCCGGCACUGGCCUGGGCAUUCCUCCGGUUGUUCCCACCAACGACUGGAAGCAAAUCUAUCGUGCCAAGCUCGAGCUCGCUCAGAAGUGGAAGGAGGGCAAGGCCCGUCCCAUGUAUCUCAACGGACACACCGACAGCAUCUACUGUCUCCAGUUUGAUGAGUAUAAAAUCAUCUCUGGCUCCAGAGACAAGACGAUUCGCAUCUGGGACAUGCAGACUCUAGAGUGUCGUCUGGUCAUCGGACCUCCUGAAGUGGUUAACGCCCCCAAUCUGCUGGAAGAUGCCGAAGGCAACCCGGUGCACUAUGUCAACUUCUCCGACAGCUUCAGGGCCGCGCCCUCCACGCCCAAGGUGGUAUCCUUUGCGGAGCAUCACAGAGCGUCUAUCCUGUGCUUGCAGUAUGACGACGAGAUCAUGGUGACAGGUUCCUCGGAUUCCACGUGCAUCGUCUAUGACAUGCGCAACGGCUACCGACCGAUCCGUCGGCUUACCCACCAUACGGCUGCUGUGCUCGACCUGGCCUUUGACGAGAAGCACAUUGUAACGUGCAGCAAGGACAUCAGCAUCUGUGUCUGGGACCGGGCGACCGGCGCCCUGCUCCGCCAGCUCCGCGGCCACACGGGCCCCGUCAACGCCGUUCAGAUGCGCGGAAACACCAUCGUGUCGUGCUCCGGCGACUUCCGCGUCAAGCUGUGGAACAUUGAUACGGGAAGAUGCAUUCGCGAGUUUGUCGGCCACACAAAGGGCCUGGCGUGCUCCCAGUUCUCCGAGGAUGGGCGCUACGUCGCCUCGGCAGGCAACGACAAGGUGAUUCGCAUUUGGGACGCCAACACGGGCGAGUGUGUCCGCGAGAUGCGCGCGCACGAGAACUUGGUGCGCAGCCUGCACAUUGACAGCGUCAGCGGGCGACUUGUCAGCGGCAGCUACGACACCGACAUCAAGGUCUGGGACAUGGAAACGGGCCGCCAGCUGCUCGACUUUCCUCGCUGGCAUGCCAGCUGGGUGCUCAGCGCAAAGAGCGACUACCGACGCAUCGUCAGCACCGGGCAGGACCCCAAGAUUCUCAUCAUGGACUUUGGCGCGGAGGUGGAGGGCAUUGACAUGCUGAAGAGCGACAACACCGGCGUCGGCGGUGGCAUCUUUUGAACCACCAAGCCUGGCCAUCCGGACCGACUCUUUGGGACCAUGGUCAGAUGUGGAACCCUCAC